AUGAACCAUGUGGACUGGGCAUCCGCAACUAUUUGCUAUCGCCAACACAACCCGAUGCACGAGGGCGUCCAAAUCCGCUUUAAUUUCCACAAAGAACCCGAUUUCAGAGUUGGAGAAUGUAACAUGAACGGGGACUGGCAACGAUCUGUGGACAGCAAUCGAGGGCCUCCGGACGAACGGCAGUAUACACGUAGUACAACCUGGUAUUAUCAACCGGUACGCUGA